CUUGAAUAGUUUUGCACAAGUACCUGCUUUGUUAGGUGAGUCCGCAAACAAUUUUUGACCCAAACAAAACGAGCUAAGCCAUCCAAUCACAGAUUCCUCCUCUCUUUCCGACCAAACAUGGACUGAACAAACGCCAAAACAAAAGUACUACUAGUUAGAAAAAAAGCGCCUUCAUUUCCUUCUCCAUUUCCCCCAGCCUUUAGAUUCUUUCAAAACCCAGAUUUCAACACAACGGCCAGAAUUUAGGGUUAGGGUUAAACGUUAUUUUUCCUUUACAGCAGAAAUUGGGUUUAAUGCAAUUGGGAAAUUUGAAGAAUUGAUUGGCAGUGAAAAGUUGUGAAUUUGAAAUUUCUUUAUGGCUACCGUAUAGAAAUAGGUACAGAUGGAUGGGAUACAUGGGAAGAAUGGCAGGAUGCAUAUGGGUAAUGAUGUGCAACAGCCAAUGCAUCAUCAUGUACAUUAUGAACAUCAUCAUCAUAUCAUGAAUGGGAAUGGGAUGGUUGACGAUGAUGAUGUUCAUCACGCUCAUCAUCAUCAUCAUCAUCAUCAUGAUGUUGAUGAUAAUGUUGGUUGUGGAGAAGCUGAGGGAGUAGAAGCAGGGGAUUUGCCCUCUGAUCACCCCGGGGUUCUUUCCGAUAACCAGGGCCCCGAUAAUGGUGACCAGCUUACUCUGUCUUUCCAGGGUCAAGUUUAUGUAUACGACUCCGUUCCACCCGAAAAGGUUCAAGCCGUGCUUUUAUUAUUGGGGGGGCGCGAAGUACCACCAACCAUGCCUGCUAUCCCUAUAACUACUCAGAAUAAUAGGGGAUUACCUGGUACUCCACAACGGUUUAGUGUCCCACAGAGAUUGGCCUCACUGCUUAGAUUUCGUGAAAAGCGAAAAGAGCGGAAUUUUGACAAGAAAAUUCGCUAUACUGUCCGUAAAGAGGUAGCACUAAGGAUGCAAAGAAAUAAAGGUCAGUUUACAUCUUCGAAGCCUAAUACUGAUGAUUCUGUAUCAGCUGCCUCAAGCUGGGGCUCAAACCAGAGCUGGGGUGCAGAUGGUAAUGGAUCACAAAACCAAGAGAUUGUUUGUCGACAUUGUGGCAUCAGUGAGAAAUCUACACCAAUGAUGCGACGUGGACCUGAAGGGCCAAGGACCCUUUGCAAUGCUUGUGGACUUAUGUGGGCAAAUAAGGGAACUCUAAGGGACCUCUCUAAGGCAGCACCUCAGACUGGUAACAGUUCUUCCUUAAGCAAGAAUGGGGAGAAUGUAAAUUUUGAGGCUGACCAGGUGGUUAGGAUAACAGAAAAUGUUAGUGGCUCAUCAUGAUGGCCAUUUUGGCUUGGGUUGAAAUGUGGAGAAAUUUAAUAGGAUCAAAGUAAGAGGAGAGUGCCCAUCUGAUCUCAUUUAGAUGAGUUCAUAAGGAAUUGUAUUUUGAUGUGAAAUUCAUGCAAUUGAAUUUAAAUUGACAUUCUGCAUAGGGGUCUCUGUUGUCACCAUUGAACAAACCUCAGGUCUUUUCAAGACCUCGGUAAUUAGGGCUAGACAGUCAAUGCCAUCUGUCCCUCCUACUUAUGUACUUGGUUUGAAUAUAAUAAGUAUUUUGUGUAAUUGACUUCUUAUGAGUCCAGUGAUAAUUUGCUUUCUGGAGUGAGAAGUUUUGUACUACACUGGGGGGCAACAUGCUUUAGGAUUCAUGUUUUGUUGCGGGCAACAUGCUUUUUGUUUCAUGUUUUACUGUGGGCAACAUGCUUUUGCUGUCAUGUUUCAUUCUGGUUGCAGAGGUGGAGAGAAUAAAUAUUGAAUUCUUUUUUUCAUUUCACACACACACACACAUCAAAAUGUCUAGAAAUGAAAUGAAAAACAAAAAAGAUAACUAAGGACUAGGGCCAUUCAAGGUGAGUCAAAUUGGUUGCAGCCAUCUAGCCAUCUUCAAGACUUGUUGAAGUAGGUGGGAGCUCUGAACAUUUUGAAACUUGUAAGUGUUGCCUCGAUAGCAUUGAAACAAAAGAGCUGCUGUCUCUAGUUGAAACCAUAUGAUUUUGUCUAGUUAUAUUCUUGUCCUUUGGAUA